AAGUAAAUAAAUAAAAAAUUUAUUAAUUAGUGUUGUAGAAGCAAAUUGUGAGAAUGUCAGCGAAAAAUCAAAUGAGUGUCUUCAUGGAGAAGAUUAAUACGAAGCUACAAUCGUGUCCCAUUGUUUGCAUUAAUGAGCCGGAUACGCACAGCACCAAUACGGAAAUAUUGCAAACAACGCCGGAGAGCACACUAGAGAAGCCCAAAAUUAAUGCAGCAGCAGCAGCAGCAACAGCAAAAGUAACAAGCAACAGCAACAAUAGCAGCUGCAUAACAAUCAAUGCAGCAACACCAGCAACAGCAACAGUAGGAGUAACAACAUCAUCAUCAUCAGCAGCAGCAGCAGCAGGAGGAGGAGCAACAGCAACAGCAGCUGCCACAACCAGCAUCUCAGCGGGUGUAACGAAGAUAACAAUUACCAGUGACAACAGCCCCAGCAAUAGCAACAGCAGCAGCAGCAGCAAUAGCAGCAACAUAGUAAGCAGCAGCAACAACAACAACAACAAUAGCUUAAUAUCUAUCACCAGUUUGAAUAGCUGCAGUGAUUUAAGCCACGCAAGCACUGCCACAUUAACGCUCAAUAGUCACAGCAGCGGCAGCAGCAACAGUUGCAUCAACAGCACCAGCAAUAGUCGCCCAAACGGCAAUGCCAGCGACACCAGUUCAGCAAAUUUUCAGGAACGUUUCGAUUUUGAGCACUGGAAGAGCAUUCUAAGUGAUUUCAGCUGUAUCAAUAGCUUAUAUCGCUACUGGAAUCAGUACGGCGGUGGCAGCAGCAACAACAGCAACGGCAACAACAGCAGCAGCAGCAGCAGCAGCAACAAUGAAGGCAACAGUUUGGGCAACGGGUCCAAUUCAUUUUACACCCAUAAUAUCUUAGGCUACACAUUUGGUUAUCCUUUUGGGCUGAGCAAGGAGGACGUUGACGAGGGCAGCGUUGUUAGCUUCAAGAAGUCGCAGGCGGCCGCCAGCGAGACGCCACUGCAGAAGCACUAUCGACAGCAGCAGAAGAAGAAGAUGCCAGUCUUUCGGGGCCGACGUGGCUGGUGUGGCUGCUUCAAGGAUGAUGAGCCGCCGGAGAUUUGUGUGGUGGAGGGUGCGUUCACGCUGCAAACGUUGACGCCGACACAGCCGAUGCCAUCGGUGGAUGAGCUGGACUCCAAGUUUGCGGAGCUUGUCGAGGAGCUGGAUCUGACGGCGCCCAACAAGGAGGCGAUGCUCAGUCUGCCGGCGCAAAAGAAAUGGCAAAUCUAUUGUUCGCGCAAACUGCCACUGGAUGCGCCAGAUGGACCCGAUGGACCCGCGGCGAUAACACAGCCACCCACCGCCGAGCAUUAUAUUGAACGACUCAAGGAUCUGGUUGUGCACGUCUCGCUCUCGCCAGAGGAUUCGCCCAGCCACGAGCUGAGCAACCGCAUGGACAACCAUGCCGCAUUUGUCGAUGCAUUAAAGACGGCGCUGCGCACCUCAACGCACAGCUUUGUGCUGCGCUUCGUUGAGCUGGACGGGCUGCCGGCAUUGUUGAAUCUAUUGCUGCAAUUGGAUAUACGGGUGGCGAACAGUUCGCUGCACACCAGCCUCAUUGGUUGCAUCAAGGCGCUGAUGAACAACUCGAUGGGACGCGCCCAUGUGCUCGCCCAUCCGACGGCGAUUGAUACGAUUGCUCGAUCCCUUGCCGCGGACAAUAUACGAACGAAGAUCUCCGCAUUGGAGAUACUGGGCGCCGUCUGCCUGGUGCCCGGCGGGCAUCGAAAGGUGCUCCAGGCAAUGCUGCAUUUUCAGGAAUUUGCAACGGAGCGCACACGCUUCCAGAGCAUUGUCAAUGAUCUGGAUCGCUCCACGUAUGCGUACAGGGACAAUGUGAAUCUCAAAACGGCGCUGAUGUCCUUUGUGAACGCCGUGCUCAAUUACGGGCCCGGCCAGGAGAAUCUCGAGUUCCGACUGCAUCUGCGCUAUGAGUUCCUCAUGCUCGGCAUUCAGCCCGUCAUCGAUAAGCUGCGCACCCACGAGAAUGAGACACUCGACAGGCAUCUGGACUUCUUUGAAAUGGUGCGCGCCGAGGAUGAGAAGGAGUUCGCUCGCCGCUUCAAUGAGGAGCAUGUGGACACGAAGAGCGCCGGUUCCAUGUUUGAGCUGCUGCGCCGCAAGCUGAGCCACUCGCCCGCCUACCCCCACAUGCUAUCCCUGCUGCAGCACAUGCUUCUCCUGCCCUAUACGGGCCACUGCACGGAGCACUGGCUGCUGAUCGAUCGCGUGGUGCAGCAGAUUGUGCUGCAGGUGGAGCAGCGGCCGAGCAGCGACCUCAUCUCGGAUCCCGAUGAUCCCGGCAAGCAGUUGAAGCUGGCCAGCGAGUCGCACGUGCACGAUCCGGAUGUGGCGCCGCUUCAGAUCGAUGUUAGCAAGUUGGUGCGUCUGCUGGUCAAGGAGGAGCAGCUGACGCAGGCGCGCAAGCGUGCCGAUGAGCUGGAGCGCGAGAACUUCGAGGUGCAGUCGCGUCUGGCCAAAAAGGAGCAGGAGCUCGACUUGCGCAUGCAGGAGAAGGAGGAUCUGGAGACCGGCUUGGCGCGCAUGCGCGAACGUCUCGAAAAGGAGUCCGCCCAGCACUCGCAAGCGGUGCAGCGCGCCCAGACCGCCGAGAUGAAGGCCGAGGAUCUACAGCAUCGCCUCCAAAGCGAACAGCAGGAGCGCGCCCGGCUCGAACGGCUCGUCACCGAGGGUAGCAUACCCGAUGACCAGAAGGUCGCCGGCCUAACUGGAUGCAAUGGCGCCGUUUCGCCGCCGCCACCGCCGCCGCCCAUGUUGAAGACGGUGCCACCGCCUCCGCCACCCAUGGCACCAGCGAUGCUGCCGCCACCACCGCCACCCUGUCCCGGCGCCCCACCGCCGCCGCCUAACAUGGCGCCAGCAAUGGCACCAGCACCACCCAAAGUGGAGUUGCCAAAGAAGAACGUGCCACAGCCAGCGAAUCCCCUAAAGAGCUUCAACUGGUCCAAGCUGCCCGAUGCCAAACUACAAGGAACCGUCUGGAGCGAGCUGGACGAGAGCAAACUCUACAACAACAUGGAGCUCGAGUCCAUCGAUAAGCUGUUCUCGGCCUAUCAGAAGAAUGGCGUCUCGGCGACCGACGGCUCCUAUGAGGAUUUGCGCGUGACGGGCAAGAACAAGCAGAAGGUGCUCUCCGUCAUUGAUGGGCGUCGAGCGCAGAACUGCACAAUUCUAUUGAGCAAACUGAAGAUGAGCGACAUGGAAAUAUCCAAAGCUAUACUCUCGAUGGAUAGCAAUGAGCAGCUGGCACUGGACAUGGUUGAGCAGCUGCUGAAGUUUACGCCCUCGGCGGAGGAGCGUGCUUUGCUGGACGAGCAUAGCGAGGACAUUGAGUCGCUGGCACGUGCGGAUCGUUUUCUCUACGAGAUUUCAAAGAUACCACAUUAUGAGCAGCGGUUGAAGAGCUUGCACUACAAGAAGCGCUUCAUGUUGACAGUGAAUGACCUCAUUCCGCGCAUUACCAGCGUCAUGGAGGCAUCCCGCGAAGUUGCCCGCUCCCGACGACUGCGCAAGCUGCUCGAAUUGGUGCUGGCUUUGGGCAACUAUAUGAAUCGUGGAGCACGGGGAAAUGCGUCUGGAUUUAGGCUGGCGUCGCUGAAUCGUCUGGCGGACACCAAAUCGAGUGCGGCGAAGGGAACAACGCUGCUCCACUACCUCGUCCAGGUGAUUGAGAAGAAGUUCAAGGACCUGUUGAAGCUGGAGGAUGAUAUACCGCAUGUGCGGGAGGCGUCCAAGGUGUCGCUCGGCGAGAUGGAUAAGGAUAUACAGAUGCUGCGCACAGGCCUGGCGGAUGUCGCCCGUGAGAUUGAGUUCCAUCGGAGCUCGGGACCCGCACAGCAAGGCGAUCGCUUUUUGCCCGUGAUGCGAGAGUUCCAUGCGCAGGCCUCGGUCCGUUUUGCCGAGCUCGAGGAUAAAUUCCAGGAUAUGAAGACGCGCUUUGAUCGCGCCGUGCGCCUCUUUGGCGAGGAUGGCUCUGUGCUGCAGCCGGACGAGUUCUUUGGCAUCUUCGAUUCAUUUCUGGCCGCAUUCGGCGAAGCGCGAAACGACAACGAGAGCUUCCGUCGUCGCCAGGAGGAGGAGGAGAAGCGCGCCAAACAGGAGGCGGAGCUCAAGAAGCGCACCAUCGAGCGCAAAAACAAAACCGGCCUUAUGAGCAGCGUCGCCCGCAAUCUGGGCCUCAAAUCCUCAAGCAAUGGCAGCGGCAAUGCCGCCCCCGGUUGCGAUUCGAAUGCGAAGGGCGACAACAAGGGCGAGUUCGAUGAUCUGAUCUCGGCGCUGCGCACCGGCGAUGUCUUUGGCGAGGACAUGGCCAAGUUUAAGCGGUCGCGCAAGGCGCGCGUUCUCAACGGUUCAGUCGGCGCCGGCGCCGCUGGCAGCGGUGGUCAAACAUCGCCGCCACGCCACGGCAGCCUGCAGCGCGAGGAGAGCGGUCGCGAGCGCGAGCGAACCGUGAGACGGCAGUAAAAUGUGAGGCGAGGACGAGGACGAGGCCUGGUCACGUGUUCCCGCAGGAACUACAUUAUUUGUAGCUGCUACUCUCACCUAUUAUUGUAGUCAUCAAAAUGUUCCCCCUUUUUCUGUUGCGCGCUAGUAUUUCCCCUCUCCACCUUUUAUAUAUUGUUGUCUGCUAUUGCAUGUCUCAUUUUUGUUUUAUUCUUGUAACAACACUAAUGUAUUUGAAUGUAAUGUGCACACUUACAUUUAUAACUGAAACGCGUCAAACCAAAUUCUUAACAAAAAUGAAAUGCAAAAAUAUUACACUUAAUUUGUAAAAUAAAACAACAAACAAAACAAAAACAAAAAUGUUAUAAAAAGAAAAAACAAAGAAAGAAAACCGAUUGUAGCGUACCUUCCCAAAUUGUAUUUGUAUUAUUGCAAGAAAAAUUGAUUUAACUAUAAAACUUAACUCUAAACAUAUAUUAUAUAUAUAUAAAUAGUGCUCCAUAAAGAAUUAAGCAUGAAACGAAAGACGUUACAAAUUUUGAAUAUGCUCAGAAAACAAAAGGAAAAACAAAAAAACCAAAAAAAAAAAAAAAAAAAA